AUGGCAAAACUACUGUAGUAUAAGUUCAGAUUGCUCUCUCUGUACGUUUUGCACAGGAGCUCACAGUCUCUUUCCUGCAUGUAGUUCACACACAGCUGUGCAUCCCCCUGAUUCAGCUGAUAGAGGCCUGGAGGUCACGUGCAUUUUGCAACCUGAAGAACGGCAGUGGUACUACCGGCAGGUUCACCAAGCAGCUGGCCAGAGCGGCGGCCUCGGACCUUCCUCCGUCAGCACCGUGACUGGCUGUGAACUAUCAAACUGUCUUCCAAAGUGGCUGCAGUAUUUUACAAUUCUGACAUCAGUAUAUGAGAUUCCAGUUUCUUCAAAUCCUUGCCAACACAUGUCUUUGAUUAUAACCAUCAUACUGGAAAAUGCCGGAGGAGACCUUAAGGACGGCCACCACCACAAUGAAGGAGCCGUUGUCAUCCUGGAUGCGGGUGCUCAGUAUGGAAAAGUCAUAGACCGAAGAGUGAGGGAGCUGUUCGUGCAGUCUGAAAUCUUCCCUUUGGAAACACCAGCAUUUGCCAUAAAAGAGCAAGGAUUCCGUGCUAUUAUCAUCUCUGGAGGGCCUAAUUCUGUGUAUGCAGAAGAUGCUCCCUGGUUUGAUCCAGCAAUAUUCACUAUUGGCAAGCCUGUUCUUGGAAUUUGCUAUGGCAUGCAGAUGAUGAAUAAGGUAUUUGGAGGUACUGUGCACAAAAAAAGUGUUAGAGAAGAUGGAGUCUUCAGUAUUAGUGUGGAUAACACAUGCUCCUUAUUCAGGGGUCUUCAGAAGGAAGAAAUUGUUUUGCUUACCCAUGGAGAUAGUGUAGACAAAGUAGCUGAUGGAUUCAAGGUUGUGGCACGUUCUGGGAACAUUGUAGCAGGUAUAGCAAAUGAAUCUAAAAAAUUAUAUGGAGCCCAGUUCCACCCUGAAGUUGGCCUUACAGAAAAUGGGAAAGUAAUACUGAAGAAUUUCCUGUAUGAUAUAGCUGGGUGCAGUGGGACCUUCACUGUGCAGAACAGAGAAAUUGAGUGCAUUCGAGAGAUCAAAGAGAGAGUGGGCACAUCAAAAGUUUUGGUUUUACUCAGUGGUGGUGUAGACUCAACAGUUUGUACCGCUUUGUUAAAUCGCGCUUUGAACCAAGAUCAGGUCAUCGCUGUGCACAUUGAUAACGGCUUUAUGAGAAAACGAGAAAGUCAGUCUGUUGAAGAGGCCCUCAAAAAGCUUGGAAUUCAAGUCAAAGUGAUAAAUGCUGCUCAUUCUUUCUACAAUGGAACAACUACUCUACCAAUAUCAGAUGAAGACAGAACUCCACGAAAGAGAAUUAGCAAAACGUUAAAUAUGACUACAAGUCCUGAGGAGAAAAGAAAAAUCAUUGGGGAUACUUUUGUUAAGAUUGCCAAUGAAGUAAUUGGAGAAAUGAACUUGAAACCAGAGGAGGUUUUCCUUGCCCAAGGUACUUUACGGCCUGAUCUAAUUGAAAGUGCAUCUCUUGUUGCAAGUGGCAAAGCUGAACUCAUCAAAACCCAUCACAACGACACAGAACUUAUCAGAAAGUUGAGAGAGGAGGGAAAAGUAAUAGAACCUUUGAAAGAUUUUCAUAAGGAUGAAGUAAGAAUCUUAGGCAGAGAACUUGGACUUCCAGAAGAGUUGGUUUCCAGGCAUCCAUUUCCAGGUCCAGGCCUGGCAAUCAGAGUAAUAUGUGCUGAAGAACCUUAUAUUUGUAAGGAUUUUCCUGAAACUAACAAUAUUUUGAAAAUAAUAGCUGACUUUUCUGCAAGUGUUAAAAAGCCACAUACGCUAUUGCAAAGAGUUAAAGCCUGCACGACAGAAGAGGAUCAGGAAAAGCUGAUGCAGAUUACAAGUAUGCAUUCACUGAAUGCCUUCCUGCUACCAAUUAAAACUGUGGGUGUGCAGGGUGACUGUCGUUCUUACAGUUACGUAUGUGGAAUCUCCAGUAAGGAUGAGCCUGACUGGGAAUCUCUUAUUUUCCUGGCUAGACUUAUACCUCGUAUGUGUCACAACAUUAACAGAGUUGUUUAUAUAUUUGGCCCACCAGUUAAAGAGCCUCCUACAGAUGUUACUCCCACUUUCUUGACCACAGGGGUGCUCAGUACUUUACGCCAAGCUGAUUUUGAGGCCCAUAACAUUCUCAGGGAGUCUGGGUAUGCUGGGAAAAUCAGCCAGAUGCCGGUGAUUUUGACACCUUUGCAUUUUGAUCGGGACCCACUUCAGAAGCAGCCUUCUUGCCAGAGAUCUGUGGUUAUUCGAACCUUUAUUACUAGUGAUUUCAUGACUGGUAUACCUGCAACCCCUGGCAAUGAGAUCCCCAUAGAGGUGGUGUUAAAGAUGGUCACCGAGAUUAAGAAGAUUCCUGGUAUUUCUCGAAUUAUGUAUGACUUAACAUCAAAGCCCCCAGGAACUACUGAGUGGGAGUAAUAAACUUCUUGUUCUACUAAA